AAACGUCAUUACAUGUAAGAAUAAUUAGUAUCAGUCUAAGAAAAUGGCAUUAGAGGUCUGUAUCAUUGUGUUUCAACAACGUAGUAAAGACACGAAUCUAUCAAUGCCAAUGAGACUAUUCUCUCAACGUGACAUCAUCCUCCCGCCCCCCGUCGCUCAAUAUACAUAGACGACCAAGCCACCAACACUAAUGAAAAUCCGCGUUGAUUAUGUUCCAGGGACGGCGCCUCAACAAUUGCCCUCCCAUCCCAAGGACGUACAUGCCCAAAGCGACGGCCGCUUCCAGUGUCCCCGAUGCAAUACGAGUUUCACGCGUAAAAAUAAUUUGCACAACCACCUAAAGUUCCAGUGCGGCCAACAGCCACGUUUCAACUGCCCCUACUGCGAGUACAGGACCAAGCACUCGCCCAACGUCAGGACGCAUGUGAGAAGACUUCAUCCUAGUCAGCAGGUUUACGUCAUUGACGUCCUUCUGCAUAAGAAUUUGCUCUGAAUAUGGGCCAAGUCCAUGGAUGUGCAACUUUAUGAUUAUCUAUGUGCUGAAAUCGGAUAUUUUUGAAAAUAU